GUCAUACGGACCACAGGUUUUAUGAAAGGUCUCUACGGAGAAAAUGAAAUGAAGUCAGAUAAUGUUAAGGACAAGGACUCAAAGAUAGUCUUCCUCCAGAAAGCAAUAGAUGUCGUGAUGCUCGUGAGUGGCGAGCCCCUGGCGGCAAAGCCAGCACGCAUUGUUGCUGGCCAUGAGCCCGAGAAAACCAAUGAGCUGCUGCAGGCCAUAGCCAAGUGCUGCCUUAACAAGAUGUCCAGUGAUGAUGCAGUGAAGCGAGUCCUUGCAGGAGAAAAGGUGGACAUUAAGACCAAGGCCAGCACCUCCAGGUCCCAGGACAAGGAAAAUAGGGAGGGGCAUGAACGUCAUCUGGAUAGAGAGGAGAAGAAAAAGAUUACAGAGCGCAGCGGGACUCGGGACCAGAAGGACCCAGACCAUCCCAAAGAGCAGGAGAGCCGACGCAGAGAUGGGGAGAAAGAACACCGUGACACGGAGCGCUCUGACAAGCACCACCGCAGUGAACAGGACCACCACACCAAAGACCGGGACAAAGACAAGAGCCGCGACCGGGAGCGAGACAAGGAUAAAGACAAAGGACGAGCAAAAGACAGGGACAAGGAGAAGGACAGAGAGAGGGAAAAAGACAAGGAGAGAGAAAAGACAAAGGAUAGAGAUUCUCACAGAGACCGGGAAAGAGACAAGGACAAACGAAGAGACAGAGACAAAGAGCGGGAGAAAGAGAGAGGACGACACAGAGAGGAGGAUGAGAGGCACAAAAAUGGAGAGAGCGGCAAUAGCAAGGCCCGAGUGUCAGAGGAACCACAGCAAAAACCCAGCCCCGAAGAGCCCAGCAAAACAGCCAAACCUGUGCCAGCGCCUGCAGAAGCAGUAGAAAACCAGUCUGAUAGUCCAGCUAGAAUACCUCGGCCUUCAUCUGCCAAAGGGCAGAGGAGGAGACCCAAAGUUGGAGGACAAGAUGAAUCUGACAGCGAGGGAGAUGGAGAUGCUCAGUUAGCCCAGAGACCUGGCCCCUACGAAAAUGGAGACACUGCAGGCUCCUCAGUGCCACCAGACAUGGCCUCCAGCAACAGGCGAAUACCACGGCCCAGCAGUGCUCGCCCAGCACCUCCUCGAGUCAAGAGGCAGGAAAGUUACAGUGAUGUGACCCCAGCUGAGAGGCUGUCCAGUGCCAAGCCCUCAGCACCAGUCAUCAUGGAUGGGAAGAGGCUAUCUGAGGAUGAGGAGGAUGAAGAUGAGCAAUUUGUUGUGGAGGAGGCGGUACCUCCACCUACAGAUGCUCCUGAGAUGGAGGUGGAACCUGCACAAGAACUUGACAGUGAAGACAAACAUGGUGGCCUUGUGAAAAAGAUCCUUGAGACCAAGAAAGACUAUGAAUUGUCCCCAUCCACCCCCAAAUCUAAAGAACAGAACGUAGUGUCUGAAGCAGCGCGGAAGAAAGAGCGGGACAUGGUGACACGGGAGAUAGAGAGGCUCCGCUCAUCCAUCCAGACAGUGUGCCGAAGCACCCUGCCUUUGGGAAAGAUCAUGGACUACAUACAGGAGGACAUGGACGCCAUGCAGGCUGAACUGAACACCUGGCGGCGGGAGAACAAAGAGCACGCACAAGCCUUGCUGCAGGAGCAGAGAGCGACAGACAGGGCAGUGGAGCCUCUUAAAGUGGAACUAACUGAGCUGGAGCAGCUGAUCAAGGACCAGCAGGACAAGAUUUGCGCCGUAAGGUCCAACAUACUGAAGAAUGAAGAGAAGAUCCAGAAGAUGGUGACUGGAAUCAACUUCUCCUCCAGAACCUGAAGUGACGAGAAAAACAAGGUCUGCAAAUAAAAACUUUCCUAAAAAAUGCACUGAAGAUCUAGGGAUGGAAGUGUUUCUUGUUCAGAACAAUGGCAAGACCAUUUUCCUUGGAGAUGGGACCAAAUACUGCACUUUUAGGGUUUUUAUCAGAAAAGGACAUAUGAUGCUUUGGAGGUCUGACUCUAUUCCAACAUCUGCUGUGACAGACGUAUAAAUAAAUGAUGAAAUAAAAAAUAUCUUCCUGCUUUGCACACUAACCUUAGCCCAGGUUUUACCCCUUUUCUGUAAUUGUGCCUUUGUGGAAUGAGCCAGUGCACAGCUCAUGACUUGGAAGUUAGAGUAGAUAGUUGUAUUUAAUGCCUGAUGAGCUCAUCCAGAGCCCUCUGUAUUCCAAAUUGAACAAUAAGUAACAUAAAAGUUUAAUUUGCUGUACAAUCAGCAAGCACUGGACCAACUUUUAAAUCCUAUGUCCUUCUUUUUUAAAUAACCUUUUUAAAAAGUUCUUUAGAGUGUGGCACAUGUUGAUUCACUUUUUGUUUCUUUUCUGGUUGUGAGAACUUUGGACUUGGCCACUGUGGUACACAGGACGUGAAGUUAGACUUAAGUAGUGAGUGGGAUUGUGAUCUGGUUCUUUUGCUUUUUUCCAUGCUGAUUAAUGCAGUAAUUAAAUAUUAUACAGUAGGAAAGUUCACAUACAUUUUCUAGGGCUUGCAUAGAGAAAUCUAGGACAUGUGGGGCGUCCUGAUGGCCUAAUUGAUUGACUGUGGUUUUAAUUUGUCCUUGGACCUUUCACAUCAUACAGAUCUUUUCUUUUUCUAAUAAUAAGCAACUGUUUCCUGUGCAGACAACAACCUUAUCCCAUCUUGUAAAGUUUAUCUGUUUCACUCUUCCACCUUUUAAGCACCGCUGCACUUUGAUAAGAGUGAUUAAGAAAGGUACCUUCAAGUUGCUUAGAAAAAAGCUUUUUGGCAGCAAAGCAGUGUUAUAAUUAUUUCUUCCGUCUCUUAUACGUGUCUUAUAAAACACAACAUAGGCACACAGAUUUAAUGUACUUUCAGGGAAACGUAAGCAAAUGUCCAUUUUCCUUGUAGUGAGCAUGCAGGAUAGCUGCCAUCAUGGAGGUCCCUCCAGUCUACUGUAGGAUUUGCCAAACUGUUUCUUUUUUGGGGAUGGAGGCAAUGUUUGGUCAGAUGGUAACUUUUUGUUUGAACUUCCUAUAAUAAAAGAAAUAGUAAGACAAUAUUUUACUAACUGCUUUUGUGACUUUAAUAAAUGUGAUUUACAGAUGUAGCUAGUAUAUGAAAAUAUGAAGCAAUACUAGGCUGAUAAAUGCAGAAGGAGGCUGGUAGAGACAUGAGAGUAACCACUGUCCCAGUUUGAAUUAUUUCUGAUAGUCAUCUCGCUGUAAUGUGAGUGAAAAUAACAAAACAAGAGCGGACUGGUCAGUCGUGAGCCCAUGCAUAGUGGCCUGUCUCACCCUGAAAAUGCAGUUACCAUAUUUGAGUAAUAGUACCAAUGUAAUUCAUUUUACAUUGCUGUUACUACUUAUACAGGAGCAGUUGCUACUUCUGUCAGAUUUGUCUCCCAGAAGAUACACUGUCAGUGUCUACAGGAAGUUAUAAAAGAACACUAGCUGUGACGUCCUGUUCAGAUCGAUGAAUGUAAUCCACGAUUGUAAAUAAUGUUUUGUUUAUUGUUUUUUUUUUUAUAAUGCCCGUUGUAUCAAAAUUAGUUAUAUACUAGAGAGCUAGACUCUAUAUUUUCUGGAAAGACCUCCAAAACAUAUACUUUCUGUCCAAACACAGUUUCCACUUUCAUUGCCUCAUCAGAAUAUUUGGUUACAGAUAGGAUAUAGUUGGCACAACAUCUGUGUUAAGUUCUGUGACAUUACUAAUGUCUUGGCCUAAAACUCUUGGUAUUACAGAGCAGAUCUUCGGCAAUAGUGAAGAAUAAAUACAGUUAGAAAUGGUAAAUCUAGUAGAACGGACAGUGAGCAGAAAUGUAUAGCUUCUGACUGGUACAUUUUAUUUAUUCAGAGUGUUGUUGACAUGGGCUACAGGAAAAAUAGGCAAAAUUACACUUAAUUACACUGCAUCCAUCUUUCAAAAAGGGUCACAAUGCUUUUGUUUUUGUGGGAAUAAUAUCUAUAUUAAUGCUUUUCAUCUGACUGAACUUUUUGAGAGCUAUUUGCUAUGAGGAUUCAGUCAAAGUGUACUCUCAUUUAGUCUGAUUUCACUCUAUUUUCAUAUCAGUAUUAUAUUUAGUCCAUCAAAUAUACUAUUGAAAAGUCAUAUUUUAAAAUAAUAAAAGCAAAAACUCCUGGAAACGUGAGAACCUGCAUGUUCAUAUGUCUUGACAUGAAAGGACUAUUCACACUGUAAACUAUUUGUAUCAUAUCCUCUGUUUCUUUUAAAACUGUACAUUAUGUAUAUGUGGAGACUGUAUCAUAGUUCAAAUAAUUCUAUAAUUUUGUAGUGGAGUGAAAUAAAUGGUUACA